AUGCCGUCAAACGACUCCAACAACCAAACAAACAGACAAACAACCUCUCGACAGAGACGGCGUCAGCAAGCCAGAGUACAGACGCAGUGGGCGGAUCGUCAGCCCUUCCCAUACGGGACGAAUAACUACCGCGACAACGUUAGGAGGUUGAAGGAGUUGGAGGAGCAUUUGAAACGGGAUGUGGAUGAGAAGAUGCCUUGA